GAAAGGUUGCUAACGUCGAAGAGCCGGCAUCCGAACAAACAUUUUCCCAGUAAUACUUCCCAGUCUUCCUAUCUGUGCGUGUGUGUACGGUUCGCGAUUUUGUACUUGAGCGCUUGAACAGGCUAUGUAAACAUAUCGUCUACACAAACUGACCUAGGCCAGGGAAUUCGCGGACGUAACUGACCUAAGUAAAUCCCCAGAAAAGCAUUUUAGGUCUUGGACAAUAUUAAUAUUUAAUAAGUAACCCAGUCAUUUUCAACGGAAUGGAUCCAAAUAUCGUUAGUUAGGAGGUCCGAAAAAUAAAUAAAUUUGUUAGUCGUAGUCUUCGCUAAACUUUUCGUUAGAAUUAGAAUUGCAUAUUGUAUUUAGAUUCCUGCAACAAUUGGGCAAAAGCUAAAGGCAAAUUAAUCAUGCAUAAUUCCCAACAUCGCUCGCUUAAACUAUAAAUGGUUGUGAAAUGUACAGUGUUUGUUUAGGACGUUAAAUAAGAAAUCGUAGUUGACUAUACCAUUACUACCGGUGCUUUCUCCAAAAAUUUCUUAGUUAAGUUAGGCAUUACGUCAACAAAUUAAAUGGUGCAAUCAAGACUGUAGUUGUCUGGCCAGAAAUGAAAUAUUAACAGUGAGCAGUGAAAAAUUAAGAAAGUGCGGUGCGGAAAAUGUGAAGAAAUUUAAAUCAGCAUUGAUAACGUGCGAGUAUAGAGUUAAGAAACUGUUUAAAUGUUCUCCACGCUGGCUUUGCCGUAUUGAACCUGGCAUCAUUUCUCUCAUCUAUGCGCAACUAAUUUGCAAUGAUGAGUUAUCAGAAAGGUCUCAAGGAUCCAAACUUGGACAGGCACACCAGUAAAGCCAAGUCCCGGCAUUUCACGGUCAACGGUCUUCUGAGUGCCAAUAACACGUUCCAGCAGCAGCAGCAGAACCAAUACAACCUGCAGCCAUCGAAUGACAGUCGCAACAUCUACAACAACCCCUAUAUUCCGCCGCAGCAGCAGCAGCAGCAACAGCAGCAACAGCAGCAACAGCUGCAGCAGCAGACGCAGCAGCGCACCGCCCACCUGUUCAAGGCGCUAGCUGCCUCCGCUGGCGGCACCAACAGCCUGACCCAUCCCUACGACUUCUCCAACUCAUCGUCCUCCUCCAACGGCAACAAUGAGCACCAGGGAUCAUCCUCGUUGGAAGCUGAAAACGCCUUCCUAACUCAUAAUAACGGAAUGAGGCGUAGGUCGAACAGACGCCGCCAGUUAAGCAAUAAAAAUCAUUAAAAAAUAUAAAAAUGAAUGCAGCCAACUUAACAAGCAGACAGCUGACCCCCCACCCCUCCCCCUUGACCGACGAAGGACGGAGUCGAUAGAGCCGUGAGAAAGGAAUUGAAAAAAUCAUGGCAGGCGCUGCGAGAUGCAUCGUCCUCGUAACGAGGAACUAGUAACAAGUAACGAGCGCCCAGCGCCAUAAACUUAAAUCACGAUUAAAAGUGUGAUUAUCCUUGUGGCGCUACAAAUCGCCACCGCUGCAGCUGACAGCCCGGAGGACCAGGACGCCUGUCCUUUGGCUUCCUUGGUGCGGUGGCUUCCCCUCCUGCCCGACUCUUUUCCGUUGUUGCAGUUGUCUGACUUUAUAUCUUUACAACCAGGCGCGGCUGUGGAUGAGCAGACAAAGAUGUUUCCGAAGCUGUAUCCUUUGUAUAUUCCCAGAUGAGUGUUUGACUUUUGUUGCUUGGCGUGUUUUGUUUUGACUUGGGAGAGACUGCCCUUGGCUGCCUAGUUCGGCUACAGGACAUUCGCGAGAAUUCCGAAAGCUAUGUUUUCCAUUUUAAAACUAAUUGGAGCUGGCCCUAAAGAGCAUGUCAUCCAAUUAAUAUAAUAUAAUCAGCACCACACUUACGGGUAUUCAGCACAUUUCAAUUUUGCCUUUAACAAAAGAUUCCAGGAAAUUCUUUGAGUUUUUGGUUGAUUGGCACAAAAGGAACGCAGGAAGCCAAAAGUAAAGCCGACGCUAAACCCUUUUUUGCAGUCAAAUCUGGGCAUUAUUUUCCGCUCACAUCGUAAAUAACCAAUGCUGGGAUUGGAACAUUGCAUAUGUCCAGAAAGCUGUCCGUCAAUUGUAGGGCUUUUUGCCGGGAUCCUCCCCUAAACUGUCAAUUGUUCGAUAGAUAUUUACCAAUUUUACAGUCGUCCUGCCUCGAUUUCACUGCAAACACAAAGGCAAAUGCAAAUAAACGCCGGCCAAAGUGGGUCUAGAAUAAAGGAGCAGUCAGGGGUGGCUCGGCCACUCGGCUUAUCACAAUUGACCCAUCACACGCCUUUGGCCUGCUGUCUGUCUGGACAUUGGUUUAAGGCCCCCUUUCCUUCACCUUUCACUCCAGCCUGUCGAAACGAACAAUUGACUCUCGUUUUUCACUGAUGAACUUAACUUAUGUCAAAAUAUGCGAUAAGUAAUCCUUUUUAGCUCCGACAUUCGGCUUCCUGCGUGGGCCCAGUCACUUGUCCGUCCAGCCGUCCAGAAUCUUUGAACCUUUCGCCUGUGCAAAUAUUUUCUUUCCAGCGAUAAUUCCGUUGCGGGACUGGAGGGGUUUGAUAGAAAUUGCUAUUUCUGUACAUUUGUCACGAAAUCUAAAACAAAAAGUUUAUUUAUGUUUGCUUUGCCCAGAAUUGAAGACUUGUAAUGAAUUGUGACAGGAGAGUGGCAGAUGGGGGAGCAAGUGGUCAAGAUGUGACUUUGUUUGGGUUUCAUUUGCCAGUGGCCGGGGUGGAGUACAGGUCACCCCAAGAUCAAUCCGCUCUAGUUCAGAAAGAUACACAAGCAUUUCUCCCACUGCUCUGCACUUGUCAUAGCGACAAUUUCAUGGUUCCGCCUUAUUUGGAGGACACAUCCGUCCGUCUUCACGAGGCCAGUCUUAUCGAUGGGGCAUCACCCUUGCCAGCCAUCAAUCCCCCAAGCUUAACGCCGAGAUUCUCAAUUAGGAUAAUCUCUGAAUGACUAAGCAAAUAUUGACAAAUUUCGAAGAUUCGAUGCGUGCUAGGCCCACGUCAAAACGCAUCGGUCACGAGGGGAAGUCCUUGCAGAGUGUGUUUUUUGGACUCAUAAAACGUUCCGCAUUGCCAGAUGAAAUGCGUCUCUGGGGGACCAUGGACCAGAGACAGGGACAAGGGUGCAGCCCUCUAUUAUAUGCACAUAAAAAUAAAUUCCAAGACUUUAUUAUGCCCAUGUACUUGUCAUUGUCGAUGUGUGUGCAAUGGACUGUGUUUUUCAUUCCGUGUUCUUUUGUCCCGGGUCCGGUGCACAGUGCUCUCUGUUUGGGAGACCUGCAAUUGCAAUUGUUGUUGACUGAACCCAUGGAGGGUUGGUCGUGGGCGGUUUGUGGUGGGAGUGAAUAAGGUUUGGGGUGUAGGGAGAUUACAGGCGUGCAGGGGGUCAUUUUGCAUUUGUUUGUGCCCAGACAGCAGACUGUGUUUAAUUUUUCGCAAAUGUUCAAUUGAAUAACAUGGGAUAAACGCUUCAUUGGCUUUUCUGGUGUGUGAGAUUUCUAUUUGGUUAGUCAAUUUCGGAUUAUUGAGGACAGUUAGGAAUGAACUUUAGAGAACGAUAACGGCAACAGAGUUGCUUGACAAAUUGAAUUAGAAAGUAAGCCCUAUUUCUCUCUACCAAACUUUCGCACAAGUUUUCUGGCUUUCCAUCCAACCACGGCAAUCUUCAAUCGUGUGUUACUUCGCCAGCGUUUUUGCUUUUGUCGAAUCGGUCUACAAGUCUACUGGAGCACAACCGCCCACGGCUGGCAAACAAACAAAAUGGCAGUUUGAUGCACCGAAAGUAAUAGACAAAAAGUGCAGCCGCCUUUUAGGCGCUCGACCGACUCAGAGUGCGCGCCAAAUGGGCGACAGUGGAAAAGCUCUCCGUAGAUGUAGAUGGUUAUUGAUAACCGAAAGUGGCUUGUGGCCCUAAGAGCGCCUAAGUGUAUGCCUCGAAUAUUGUGCAACUGUAAUUUGGUAAUCUCAAGCACGCCACACACACUCAGGGCAAAAGGACCAAGCUGGAAAAGGGGGCGGGAACUGCACAAAGUGACUUUUCAAUCUCCAUUGAGAUGGCAAAAUUUUGCUUUCAACUGCUGGCCAAGCACUUAAGCAGGUCUUUUGGUCGACGUCAAGUGGGAUGUUGUGGUCAGGCCAUUAUAACUUAUAACUGGGACUGCUUCAAUCCACUUCUUAGUCCUUCCAUUUUGCAAAUGAAAUGCAAGCUGACAACGUAUCAAUUUAAAUCAAAUGAAGUGCAAUUUGUGCCAUCCCAUCCUUCACUUUGGACUGGACUGCCUUCACUCGAGACCCAGAUAAAGGACAAAAGUGCUCGGGGCAAAGCAAUCCAGCGUUAAGUUAAGUGCCGAAAACUUUAACACACUUUUCGACUUCAAUUAUGAGCUUUGUUAGGCUACCAUUCGGGACCGGCCGUUGACAUAGUUUUCGGUGGACCAGGCACGUCCAAGUGCGAAAGUUGCAGCUCAUUACGUGGCCAGCAGACCAAACGGGGUGAGAAGUUUCUUACCACCAGUGUUGUGUGCAAAUUAGAAUCCUUGCGCCCUAUGUACUUUAAGUGAGCAGACAAAAGAUCCGAUAGGUCCGAAACCCCACGCAUGUCCCUCGACACCCAACACACCUGGCCAAUUUGCGCUCUUGACCCCUCUGCUGGUGAAAACGAUGCCAGCAAUUUAAUGAGCUGCCAUUUAUAUAAAAAGGAGCAAAGUAGCCAAGUGCCGGUAGUCGGCAGUCGUGAGGCUGGGCUGGGGGCAGACAAAUAUUUAGCAACGUCGGUGGACUUUCUCUCCGCAGACAGACACACAAAUGGAAGGACUCGGGGCACUCACAUGGCUCCCGCGUCCCUCUGCUCAUCUCUUCUACUCGACUGUGAUUCAUGCAGAGCAGCGACGGCAGCAGCUGGCCAUAAAAAUGGCUUAAAAUGAUCAUCAUAAACGUUGAGUGAGCAAAUAUUGCAAUAAAAGUAAAUGACUGAAGGACGUCGUAAAAUAUUUAUACGUGAGCUGCUCGCACGGCCACCUGCGAGGAUGUAGGACAUCUCACAAUGAGCGAGGGAGCGCGAGGAGUCAUGAAUACCAUAAAAGCGUCGAGCGAAUGCUAGGAAAAUAAGGGUCUGUCGAAAGAAAUGUGCUUAGCGCGCGAAAAGCGUGGAACAAGGAUAGGAUAGGUUUGACCCAGUAAGUGCACAGGUAUUCCUUGAUAGGAUUCCC